GCUUCAGACACACUAAUACAAGCCUGAGACUGGCCUUCCCCCAUGGCAGUCUGGAUCUUCAUCGUUGUGGGAUUUUUUCUCCAGCCUGUAUUUAGUAACCAUCCAAAUAUUAUACUUAUCUUUGCUGAUGACUUGGGAUAUGGCGACUUGGGGUGCUAUGGACACCCCACCUCCCUCACCCCCAAUCUUGACUGGAUGGCGUCUAGAGGACUGAGAUUUAAAGAUUUCUACAGUACAGCAGCUGUGUGUUCCCCAUCCAGAGCUAGUCUCCUGACUGGUCGAUAUCAGACACGUUCGGGAGUGUAUCCAAGUGUGUUCUUUCCUAGCUCCCGAGGGGGCCUUCCACUCAGUGAGGUGACAAUAGCUGAGGUUUUACAAUCACAAGGCUAUGAAACCGCUAUAAUAGGAAAGUGGCACCUUGGAUUUGGGCUCAAUGGUACAUUUUUGCCCACGAGACAGGGAUUUCAACACUUUCUGGGAGUCCCCUUCUCUCAUGACCAGGGCCCAUGUCGAACACUCACCUGUUUUCCACUGAAUACUCAGUGCUAUGGUACAUGUGAUAUUGGGGAAGCUCCACUCCCUGUAUUCUUGAAUGAAGAGAUUAUUCAGCAACCAGUGAAUUUCACAGGACUGAUCCCAAUGUACCUGGAAUUCAGCAAAUCAUUCAUCAACAAAGCUGUGAACGAUAAGAAGCCUUAUUUCUUGUACUACGCUGCACAUCACACUCAUUACCCACAGUUUGCAAGUGCCAAAUACACCGGCUCUUCUCCCAGAGGACGGUAUGGAGAUGCUCUCCUCGAAUUUGAUGGAUCAAUAGGAGAACUGCUGCAGACUGUUCGGGAGUCUGGGACUCUGGAUAAUACACUCAUCUUCUUCACUUCUGACAAUGGGCCUGAAACAAUGCGCAUGGAAAGAGGAGGUAGCUCUGGCCAUCUGAAGUGUGGAAAAAGUACGACAUAUGAGGGCGGAAUGAGAGAACCUGCCAUAGCAUACUGGGAAGGCAAAAUAAAACCAGGAGUUACCUCAGAGCUGGGAAGUAUUCUGGACAUUCUGCCCACAUUAGCAGCUUUGACAGGGGCUCCUCUUCCAAACGUAACACUGGAUGGGUAUGAUUUGAGCGAAUUCUUGCUGCUCGGACACAAAAGUCCACGAAAUACAAUUCAUUACUAUCCUCCAUCCAUCGACCCCAAGACAGGGAUCUUUGCAUUAAGAGUUGGAAAAUAUAAGGCCCACUUCUAUACACAAGGAGCUUUCCACAGUGAGACAACUCCAGAUCCAGACUGUCGCAUUACUGCCCUACUGACUGCCCAUGACCCACCAUUGCUAUUUGACUUGCAUCUGGACCCUGCUGAGAAUUACAACUUGCUAAACAGAGGCAUCCCCACAGAUUUGGCACCAGUGCUUCAUGAGAUUUUACAAACGCGUGACCAAUUUGAAAGUUCCAUGGAGUAUGGAGAGAGUCAGAUUAACUUGGGUACUGACACUUCACUUAGACCAUGCUGUAAUCCAGAAUGUACUCCCAAACCCAGCUGCUGCCAGUGUAAGAAUUAGAGGUCCCUAAUACUCGAGUGGACCAACAACACGAAUGAUGUGUGUUGGCAUUUAAAGACCACUUGUCAUGCCUUCUAAGUUUCUGAAAAACAAUUACAGCUGUAAUCACAGGAAGUUGCUGUUUUUCUAUUAGAGAUUUGAAUAAUUAUUGAUUUUAUUGAUAUCUGACCAUCUUUACCCCAUGUUCUGAACAGUACUAAUUAAUUUAAUAUUGAAAUUAAACUUCUUCUGAUUAUCUUCUGUGGAUCACGAUCUAGUAAGUCAGAUUUGUGCAGUUGUAGAUGCUUGCCUUUGGAUUUUUGAAGCCUGAUUACACACCUGGACAUUCUGUAAGUGUCAUGAAAUACCACCACCCCAUCAACAAGUGCUUCUGGUCUCUUAAAGGUCUCUCUUAAAAAUGACCAACUACAGAAGGCCAGGCUCCAUUCUAUUUGGCAUGUAGAUACAGUGGAACUCUCAUCCAUUUUAUAAAGACUCGAAUAGAACCUAUUCUUCCUUCCAACACCUACUCCUUAAAUCUUCCCCUACAUUUUCACAUUGUUUCUCUUCUACCCAGCCCAUGUCAAAGGGAACUUUAUAUAUAAUGACUUUGGUAACAGUGCUCACUCGUUAAGCGUUCCCCAGUUUUAAUUCAUAUGAUUCAUCUACAUUUAUACAUGAAUACAAAUAUAGAUACAAAUAUUUUCACUGUAAAUUAUUAGUAACAUUAUUUCUGUUUAUAUAAUGCAUUGUUAGACAUUUGAUCUGCUGAAAUACUGUAACGGGAUCUCAGCUAGGCCCAAAAAUUACUAGGCCUAAAAUCUCCACGUGGCAUAUGCAAGUACAAGUAUCUGUUAGGUAGUAACACGUAGCUAAGAUACGGUCAUCAAUGUAAUGCGCAUGUGCAAGAACUGACACCACAUUCCAUUCUCUCCAAGUCUCAUAUUGCCUGUCCAUAUAAGGUAAUCCUGUGUAUCCUGUUUGCUGAUUGGUGUAAGGGUACAUAUAGGGGAUGUAUAGUCUAUAAAAAGCCUGUAUUUCAAGACUCCAGAGUUCAGACGUUGGACAAGAGUCAGUCUGAGACCCGGUUGGUUAAAAUAAACAUCUUUGCUUCCUGAA